UUCUUUGUUUAUUGUUCAUGUUUUGAUGAUAAUUCCUUAUGAUGUUGUUGUAUCUGAUUGAUUUUCUCUGACAUUUGGUUUCUAUAUAUCAUUGGAGAUUUUGUUUUUUUUUUUCUGGUGGUGAGAAUUAGGAUGGGAGAUCAUUUAGUGUUGGUGGUUGAUCGGUUAUCAAGCGAUUCGGGAGUUGGGACGGUGAACCGAACAGAGGUUAAAACUGACUUGGUUAAUGGAGAUGGUGCACCUGAAUCUGUAUCUGCAGGAGCUGAUUUAUGUGAGAGUAAAUUCGUACAAUGUAGGAUUUGUCAUGAUGAAGAUGAAGAUUCCAACAUGGAUACGCCUUGUUCUUGUUCUGGAACAUUAAAGUUUGCACAUCAUAAUUGCGUCCAGAGAUGGUGCAAUGAGAAAGGUGAUACCAUAUGCGAAAUUUGUCGUCAGCAAUAUAAACCUGGCUACACAGCCCCACGACAAUUGUUUCACUACACAGGCAUUUCUAUGAACUUCAGUAGCGAUUGGGGAAUCGAGGGACUAGAUCUUCGUAAUCCUUAUUUCCUAACGUGGGGGCAUGCAGAUGAUGAUCACGAUCUUUACUCAUUUCAUAGCCCCACAAGCUUGAUUUGUUGCCGCGUAAUUGCCUUGCUAUUCGUCCUUCUGCUCUUCCUGCGUCAUUCUCUUCCAGUUUUACUAGGCGGAGUCGAUGAUUUUUCGUUAACUUUGCUUAUGUUACCAUUAGUGAGAACAUUAGCCAUCUUGUUGAUUGCAUAUGUCUUUGUCAAGUCAUUCAUUGUUAUACAACGUUGCAGGCAAGAGAGGGAUAUGAGACUCUCUGAUUUCUCGUCUGAUGAAGAAACUGCACCGCCUCGGAUAUCGAUGGCAUUGCCGGAAAGACCCGAACUUCAUGUUCCCGUAAACUAAGAUGAUCAAUAUAACUUCUCCUUAUAGAUGUUGUUUGAUUUGUAUAUCAUGAACACACAUAACUAACCCACAUAAUAAAUGUUGAUAUUCCAAUUUAAAAAUCGAAAAGAAUGAAAGAGUUCUAAAA